UUAAAAAUGUAAUGGUUGUGUGUUACUGUUUCAGGAACUCUGUCGAGUGGGUUCUUGUGCAUGUGCUUUGGAAAGCCACGCUUCGGUCCUCACGAUGAUCUUCAGGGUCGCAUGGGUUCCUUUGUGGUCAAUAUGACAGUGGGGGCUGCACAGUUAUUCACAGUAAUCUUCUGUCUUGUUGGCUGGGGAUGGAGCAUUUGGUGGGGCAUCAUAAUGCUCAGAAUUGCACGAAAAUACAGGAAGUUGAAGGUAUCAGAAGCUGCAAACCCCCCAGAGGACCGUCUUGCCGCACCGAUCACUCAGAAUCAUGAUGUUGAACGAGGUCAUCAAGCCUAGAAGAUGGUGGAUCAACUCACUCAUCCUUAUUUUUGUACUUGUUCUUAUAUGCAUACAUAUAUAUACAUGCAACUGCACACGCACAAUAAAAAUUUUUGGAAAAUA